AUGGCUGUACAAAACGAAAAAUGCAGUUCCCCUUUAUAUACGGCAUCUGAAAGAGGACAUUCAGCUGUAGCUAAAUAUUCAUUGGAGAGCAAUGCUGAUAUAUCUCAAUGUAACAAAUAUAAAAUAUCACCAUUGUGUGUUGCCUGUAAAGAAGGACAUAAAGAUAUAGUAAAACUGUUACUUGAGAACAAUGUGAUGUGUGGGAACAAUGCUGAUGUCAAUAAGUGUGAGGAUGAGUAUGGAAAAUCACCAUUGUAUGUGGCCUGUAAAAGAGGACAUAAAGAUAUAGUAGAACUGUUACUGCAGAACAAUGCUGAUGGCUCUCAGUGUGAUAAGGAUGGAUGGUCACUAUCACAUGCGGCCUGUAAAGAAGGACAUACAUAUACAAUAUAA